UAGACUGACUUUUCCCAUCCCCUUCAGAAAAGAAUAAGGUUGAAACAAGCAAAAAGCAGAUUAAACCCAACCCUCUCUGCAUCAAAACCUCUCUCGGUUACUCUCGAUCGCUCCUUCGAUUCCAGAUUUGUCACUCGAGCGCCUUUCAAACAAUCAGUCCCCUCGGCAUUCACUUCCGCCGAUUAAUCUCUUCUGUUUCCAGUUAUUCUCAAGGUCAUGAAUGAUGGUGGCCAUAGAUAUGGUGGAAGAGGCCAUCCGAAUAACAGAGGACGAUUUCCUCGCUCCGCUGAUAAUUUCACUUAUCGUCCCCGUCAUCAGGCUGGAGGUGAGGGGCCUUCUGCUGCUGGUUCUUCUAACCCUAGAAAUGGAGCUUUCAAAGACAGAAGUUCUCACCCGUCAAGGAACUCCAGGAAUACUUUUGGACAAAAACAGGCCCUGGGUUCUGAACAGUGGCAGUGGCGGCCUUUAAAUAGUGGGAAAGAUGCAUCUCCUGGUGCUGUUGAUCUUCAGCGGGAUCAUAAUACAGCUGAUGAUAUUGCCCCUAAACAGUUAAUAGGAUCUAUAUCAUCCAAUUCUGAUGGCAAUCAUAUGAGCAAUACCUCUGAACAACUAUUGGGAUCUAUUGCAUCUAAGUCUGAUGGCAACGAACACUCACCUUCUUCUGCUCAAAAUGUUUCGAAGAGUCUGCAUUCUGCUGUAGAAAGAAUUCAGAUUCGGGAACCUACAGCAGAAGGGGAACGUUGCGAUGAUUCAUUUCCUUAUCAUAGUUGUAAGGGUUCAGAUGCUGCUGGACAGGAACUCAUGGUUCAAGAUCAGACUGGCACCAUAAAAUUAAGAGAAAGUAAUAAUGUUUCCGACUGUAUGGACUCAAAGGAUAAGAAGCCUUCAGGGAACCUCGAAAUUUUUGAUAUAUGCCCUCCAAAGUCUGGAGUUGUUAUGCUGAAUCCUUCUCUAUUAUCUAAGAACAGAGAAAAGAGGAAUGAGAUGAAGCGUGCAAUGGAGGGAAACAAUGGAAAUGUGUUGAGACCAGGAAUGGUUCAUCUGAAGAGUGGCAUUUCCUUCAGUGAUCAGGUGAAGAUAGUAAAAAGAUGUCGGGAUCUUGGCAUUGGAGCUGGAGGUUUUUACCAACCUGGUUACCGUGAAGGAGGAAAACUACACUUGAAAAUGAUGUGCCUUGGUAAAAAUUGGGAUCCUGACAGUAGUACAUAUGGGGAUGUCCGUCCAUUUGAUAAUACAACACCACCAAACAUGCCUGUUGAGUUUUACAAACUGGUUGAAAAGGCAAUCAAAGAUGCUUAUGCGGUUAUGGGGAAAGAUUCCAAUACCAAAAAUCCUGAACGUUUUCUUCCAUGGAUGAAACCAAACAUUUGUAUUGUGAACUUUUACUCGCAAAAUGGGCGAUUGGGUCUUCAUCAGGAUCGAGAUGAAAGUCACGAAAGUCUUGAGAAAGGGUUGCCUGUUGUCUCCUUCUCCAUUGGUGACUCGGCAGAAUUCCUAUUUGGCGAUGGGAGUGACAUUGAUCAAGCAGAGAAAGUUACUUUGGAAUCGGGAGAUAUCUUGAUAUUUGGUGGGAAAUCAAGACAUGUUUUCCACGGGGUGACUGCAAUUCAUCAAAACACUGCUCCGAAGGCACUUUUAGAAGCAACAAAUCUCCGUCCGGGUCGCUUGAAUCUUACCUUCCGUCAGUACUGAAAUCAAUUUUUGCUCAGCAAAGGAGAUAUCCAUGGAACAACACACCCUUAUGAUACAGUUCCAGGUAUCCUCUAGUGCUUCGGGGAGUUGAUAUUGUUUUUACAUAACACUACGAAAGUGUCAUCAUCUAAUCUUUGAUGCUUUACAAAGAGAUAGUAAUUAGUUGUAAUUUAUUAUCCUGUGUGAAAUUUUAUGGCUUGGCUUGGCUAGAUAUUUGUUAUACUGUGCAGUUAUAAUCUUCUGCAGUACUGUUAGAGUGGUUUUGAAGCAAUUUUUGUUGGGAGUCUCCAUUUCUUGAAGGAACUGUUUAUUCUCGUGUGAAUCACUGCGGAAUUACCCAACAGAUUGCCAUUUUGUAAUUGUUUGUACUGUACAGGCUAAGUAAUCUUUACAAUAUAUGAGUUUGACAAUCUUUGGAACAA